AUGGUUACUCCAAACUUGACCAACUCGAGGGAUUCCACUACUUCAACCAACUCGACAAAUUCAACCAACUCAACUGAUUCAACACCAACAACUAAUACACCAGCAACGUCGACUUCGACUAGUGAUGAUUCCGAAAGCGUAGAUUCAGAAGUCAAGGAGUUGAUAAAAGGUAGGGAGAGCUUGACGUUUGGUCCUGACUCAUUAACCAAUAAUAAUAGUAAUAAUAAUAAUAUCGGUAAAGAGCGGCAGCCAGGCAAAGAUUCUAGUAUCGACUUAAAUGUUUCCAAUAGACUGUCAAUGAGUCACGGGCAUGGGUAUGGGCAUGUACAUAGCCCGUAUCACUAUGGUAAUAACUAUAUUCGACUAACUGAUCAACAAGGAAACACAUUCAUCUUGUACCCCAACGGGUAUGUGACUCCAGUCAGACAAAUUACUGGACAUAUAGGUGGGACAGGAUAUACCAACAUGUUGACGCAGCAGCUUUAUGCGCAAAACUCAACCCAAAGCUUUGCUGUUUUACCACAGCCACUACCACCACCACCUCCUCCACAAUUACCACCACAACAAGAUGCAAAUGGGGCAAAUGUAAACACCAAUGGUGGCUAUAUAUCAUCUUCGAGUGCAAUGAUGAUGAUGACAUCCACAAACACAGCUGGAUCGGUAGUAGGACCAACAAUGGGUAUUCCAUCACCAGGGCACCACAGCUUGACUGCAUCACCAUCAACCUCCUCAGCUUCACCUUCACCAUAUCGAAAGAACUUUCGAAAAUUUAGACAUUUGGGUCGUAAUAGCAGUAGACGUAAUGGACGUCAAUCAAAUUUACACGAAGUGCAAAAUUCCAUUUUAACUUUGGCUCAAUUUUGCGGCGACUUGGAUUUGGGGACUACCAAUAGAUUUGGAAACUUAGAUUCAACGUCAAUCAUUAUCAAUCUGAGCAGUGCCAACACUAGUUCCAGAUCGAGUUAUAGGAGUGUGUUGCAUCUUAAAACUAAUUAG